CUCUCUCUCUCUCUCUCUCUCUCUCACACACACACACACACACACACACACACACUCUCACACACGCACGGAACACGGAGCAUCCUCCCGUCAGGUCUCCUGGUCCAGCCCCGCCCGAGCUUCCAGCUUUCUGCAAACCUUCUCUCCCACACUAUCCCCCAUUCCCUCCGGUUUCCGGACCCUCCUCGUCGACCCCCCACUCCACUCCCGGGAUGGAGCGGAUCGAGCCAGCCCGGAGCCCCCCGCGGCCGGGGUGACGGCCCCCGCCCCUCUCCUGCCCGGUCCCCGCCCGGAGCACCAUGGGCCCGAAGGGUUCCCGACGCGCCGGACGCUGAAGAUGACUGAUGCUGGAGUUCUCUUCUUGAGUCAUGGCGUCUUCAAAGCUCCGAGAACCCGUGGAUGAGGUUUUUGACCUGGACUUGGCUGUGCCAGAAACCGUCAGACUGGACAGCAGUUUACACAAAGCCCGGGCCCAACUGCUGGCCAAGGGACGGAGACACCGGCCCUCUCGCUCAAGGCUUCGGGACAGUGCCAGCUCUGCAGAGGACGGUGAAGGCUCCGAUGGGCCUGGAGGCAAGGUGACCGACGGCUGCGGGAGCCCCCUGCACCGGCUGCGCUCGCCUUUGCACUCAGGCCCGGGGUCCCCGGCCGGGGGGUCGUUCUGCCUGGAUCCUCCGGGCUUGCGGCGCAGCCUGGACGAGGACGAGCCGCCGCCCUCGCCGCUCACCCGCUACCGGCCCCUGCACAACGCCGCCUCUCACGAAGGUUUGGCCGCCGCCUCCUGCUCGCCGCCGCGCUCCGCGCCCUCCUCGGACAGCUCGCCCAGUUUCGUGCGCCGCCACCCGCGCGCAGAACCGCACAGCGAAGAUGACAGCCGUGAUGCCAGCCCACCUGAGCCAGCCAGCCCCACCAUCGGCCUGGAUAAGAAGACCCGCCGAAAGUUCCUGGACCUGGGGGUCACCUUACGUCGAGCAUCCACUAGCAAGAGCCGGAAGGAGAAGGGCAGCAACCGCCUGUCCAUGGGCAGCAGGGAGUCGGUGGAGGGAUCCGGCAGGUCAGGGGGCUCCCCGUUCCUGCCCUUUUCCUGGUUCACAGACAGCGGCAAGGGCUCAGCGUCCUCCGGCAGCACCACCUCCCCUGCCUGUUCCCCUAAACAUGAGAGCUUCAGCCCUAAGAAGUCAGCUUCUCAGGAAUCCACCCUGAGUGAUGACUCCACACCCCCCAGCAGCAGCCCCAAGAUCCCAAGUGGUCCCCGGCAGGAGGCCAAGUGUUCCUAUCCCUACCACACGCUCUCCCAGUCUUCGGAUGAGUUCCUGGAUGAACCUCUCCCCACUGUCCACCACUGGACCAGUCAGCAGGUGGGCCAGUGGCUGCACAGCCUCAACCUGGAGCAAUAUGUCGCUGAGUUUGCUGCGCGGCAGGUUGACGGGCCACAGCUAUUGCAGCUGGAUGGAAGCAAACUGAAGAGCCUGGGGCUCAGCAGCUCGCAUGACCGGGCACUGGUGAAGCGGAAGGUGAAGGAGCUGGCAGCAGCCGCGGAGAAGGAGCGCAAGGCUCAGGAGAAGGCUGCUCGGCAGCGUGAGAAGCUCCGCCGCAGGGAGCAGGAGGCCAAGAAGAGCUAGGGGAGGGGGAGGCAGGCCUGGGGGCAGAGGCCUCUUCAGGGAGGGGGGCCUGGGAGCCACGCUUGGGCUGGCCUGGCCCCACGCUCUCUGGGGUACAUACCCUCUCUUACCCCGUCAGUCUGUCUGGACCCAGAUCCCCGAGAAAGGGAGAUCCCAGGGACAGGGCCCAGUAAUAAAUCAAUUUCAAGGA